GCGCGUCAAAUAGCGAAGGAGUACUUCAAUGCAGGCCCCGGGGACGCCCUUUACUUUUGUGGCUCUGGGGCAUCUGCUGCAGCAGCAAAGCUGCUGCAGCUGCUGCUGCUGGGGGCCCCGCAGGUUGCUGCUGCAGCUGAGGAGACGCAGGCAGCAGCAGCUGCUGCUGCAGCAGCUGGUGCGGCGUCGACUGCAGCUGCUGCAGCGGCAGCUGUGUCUCUGCUGUCAGGCCCUCAGGCCGCUGCCGCCGCAGCUGCUGUCGCUGCAGCCAAUCCCAGCUGCAGCAGCAGCAGCAGCAGCAGCAAAAGCUAUUUGCAGGCCUUCAGCGAGGUUUUUGAAGAAGACCGCUGGGGCUCUUUUCGCUGCCGCCGCUGCUGCUGCCGCCUCAAGACUUCUUUGCAUGCGCGGCGGCACUUGUAUGUGCAUGCAAUAACAGAUAUAGAAGCUGCUGCUGCAGCGCAGCAGCAGCAGCAGCAGCAGGAAGAGGGUCAGGGAGGACAAGAGGGGGGGCAGGGACUGGAGCAAGCUGGGCAGCGUGAAGAGCCGCAGCAGCAGACUGAGCAGGGGCAGCAGCUGCUGCAACAGGAGACACAGCCGCAGCAACAGCAACAGCAACAGCAGCAGCAACAGCAGCAGCAGAAGCCCCACGUGCACGUCAUAUUCCUUUGCGACCCCACAGGCCACCACUCGUUGCUGCUGCCGUUUUCAGCUGUACAGACACGGCAGGACAGCAGCAGCAGCAGCAGCAGCUACUGCAGCAGCAUGAAGAGCCGAGCUGGAGCAGCAGCAGCAGCAGCAGCAGCAGCUCAAGCGGGGGCCUACUGCUGGCCUCAAGACUCCCUCUCCUGCAGCACAUCAACAGGAGGCCCUGAUGCAGCAGGCCCAGCAGCAGCAGCAGCAGCUGCAGCAGCAGCAGGUGUCUCAUACUCAUUUCAGCUGCUGUCUUUAGAUACUGCAACAGGUGGCCUUUGCCUGUGGGGACUCAAGCGGCUGCUGCGGCGCCUUUCCCGCUGCUGCUCUCGGUAUAACCAGCAGCAGCAGCAGCAACAGCAGCAGCAGCAGCAGCAGCAGGAAGAGCUGCAGCAAGGGACGGCCGAAGACGGGGAAGACUGUUGCGAAGCUUGCAGCGGCAGCAGCAGAGGCGAGCAGCAGCAGCAGCUACUAGAGCAGCAUGUACAGCCGGGGUGGAGCAGCAGCUGCUGCAGCAGCAGCAGCAAGGGCCCUACCUGCUGCUACAGUGGCUUCGAGUCAUAUUUUGCUGCCUUAGAUCUGCAGCAGCAAAAGGUCUGCCUCAUCCCUGUCUGUCUCCUUUCUGCAGCAGGAAAUGUCACGGGGACUUUGUUAGCCAGCCGCAGGUUUGUAGGUAGCAGCAGCAGCAGCAGCAGCACCAGCAGCAGCAGCAGCAGCAGCAGCGAAGCUUCCGCGUUUGCUGCUACUCUAGCUGCUGCGUGCAAGCUGGUGCAUGCUCACGGGGGCCUCGUUGCUGUUGAUGCUGCAGCAGCAGCAGCACACGUCCCCAUUGACUUUAACCCGCUGCAGCAGCAGGUGCAGCAGCAGCAGCAGCAGCAGGAAGAGGAGGAGGCCCCCCCACGCUUGCUGUUUUCGCACCCUUGGCUGUGUCCUGCUGCUGCAGCAGACACCAACACCUCAUCUCCUGCAGCAGCAGCAGCAGCAGCAGCAGUAUCUGCUGCUGCUGCUGCUCCAGAUGCCGUUUUCUUCUCCCCACAUAAACUCCUGGGGGGCACAGGGUCUGCAG